UGCUUUUUCUCUUUCUUUUGGUGCACCUUCGCAAUCUCAGACAAUCAGUCCCCUAUCCUAACAGGUGUGGUGCGCCUCUCUAGUCUGGCUGUGGCGGUCGCGUGUAUUCUUCAGCCCAAAGAGAUUGAGAAUAGUUGUCCUCUCAUCACCAUCACCAUCACCGUCGACUCCAUCAUUCGUAAAUCUCACAAAUGCAUUUGCUGAUUGGAGUCGCGCAGGGAUUCCGGGCUAGCUUGAACACAAAAUAACAUCCGUACUAGGGCAAUGGUAAAAGAUAAGCUGACAACAAACGUAGCUAAUGAUGAGAUUGAACAAUUGUAAUGAAAGAGACACAUAUACGAAAUUAAUUAGAGAAGAAGGCAUACUUUAUGUAUUCAAUAUUUUUAAUAAAUUAGUAGAAUAUUUAUAGAAUACGAAAUUAGUUAUGUAUGCUGCGAUGUGAAUCUUACCAGUAGAAUCCCAAUUACAGCGGAAAGGAUCACCCAAUUACAGUUUCCUUCUCAUAUCAAACUAAAAUCUCCCUCUUUCCCUCUCUCCUUCUCUACACGAAAUCGCGAUGGGUUCCGAUGCUGAUAUGGAGGAUUACGGCUUCGAAUACUCCGACGACGAGCCCGAGGAACAGGACGUUGAUAUCGAAAAUCAGUAUUACAACUCUAAAGGGUUAGUCGAGACGGACCCUGAAGGGGCGCUUCAAGGUUUUGCUGAAGUGGUGCGUAUGGAGCCGGAGAAGGCUGAAUGGGGAUUCAAAGCUUUAAAACAAACUGUUAAGCUUUACUACAAGCUUGGGAGGUACAAGGAAAUGAUGGAUGCCUACAGGGAUAUGUUAACUUACAUCAAGUCUGCAGUCACUCGAAAUUACAGUGAAAAAUGCAUAAACAAUAUCAUGGAUUUUAUCUCUGGAUCUGCUGGUCAGAACUUCAAUCUGUUGCAAGAGUUUUACCAAACGACCCUGAAGGCCCUUGAAGAGGCAAAGAAUGAGCGGCUAUGGUUCAAGACGAAUCUAAAGUUGUGUAAAAUAUGGUUUGAUAUUGGUGAAUAUGGACGGAUGAGUAAGAUUUUGAAGGAGCUUCAUAAAUCUUGUCAAAAAGAAGAUGGCACUGAUGAUCAAAAGAAAGGCACACAGUUGUUGGAAGUGUAUGCAAUUGAAAUCCAAAUGUACACUGAAACUAAAAACAAUAAAAAACUGAAGGAAUUAUAUCAAAAAGCACUAUCUGUCAAAUCAGCUAUCCCUCAUCCAAGAAUCAUGGGUAUUAUUCGUGAAUGUGGUGGAAAAAUGCACAUGGCAGAGCGACAAUGGCCGGAUGCAGCCACUGAUUUCUUUGAAGCUUUCAAAAACUAUGAUGAAGCUGGGAACCAGAGGCGCAUCCAAUGCCUAAAGUACUUGGUUCUAGCAAAUAUGCUGAUGGAAUCAGAAGUCAAUCCAUUUGAUGGUCAAGAGGCAAAGCCAUACAAAAAUGACCCUGAGAUUCUAGCAAUGACAAACCUAAUCGCAGCAUACCAAAGGAAUGAGAUCUUGGAGUUUGAAAAAAUUUUGAAGAGUAACAGGAGGACAAUUAUGGAUGAUCCUUUUAUUCGCAAUUACAUUGAAGAUCUCUUAAAGAAUGUGAGAACACAAGUGCUGCUCAAACUCAUCAAGCCUUACACAAGGAUUCGAAUUCCCUUCAUAUCAAAGGAGCUUAAUGUCCCAGAGAAGGACGUUGAAGAGUUGUUGGUGUCGCUUAUUUUGGAUAAUCGGAUUACUGGGCACAUUGAUCAAGUGAAUCGGCUGUUGGAGCGUGGUGACAGAUCAAAAGGAAUGAAGAAGUACACUGCAAUAGACAAAUGGAACACACAGCUAAAAUCACUGUAUCAAACUGUUGGAAACAGAGUAUGUUGAGACUCCCACACAAAAAAAGUAUAGAAGUUAUGGUGUGGAUCAAGUUUUAAAGUCUCUGAUUUUGGGAUCUGCUGAUGUAAAAGUAUUACUCCAUAUUGUAUCAGUAAGCAUGUUAGAAGAGUACAUCCUCAUUACUCAACUCUGCUAUUUUGGAAUUGAUUUUGGUCACUCAUUGAUCCCAUCAGAAAAGUGAAUUGCCCCUUUUUUCUCUA